UCAUUCUGGUUAAUUAUGUUAGGGGCAGUGUUCCACCCCCCAGUAGGAACCAGUAGUGGGUUUGCAUUGGCCAUUGAAAAUGAAGUAAAGGAGCUAUUUAGGAGCACUACAUGUAUAUUUACAAUUCUUAAUAUUUGUUCCUUUUUCCUAAUUGUGGGAGAGGCAAACUUGAGAGCGAACAAGAGUUGACUAAGCUAAAUACUGAGAAGAACCAGCAUACAAAGCCCCUCCCACCAAGAGUGGGUGGAUGGGAUAAAUGGACAGUUUUGGUUUCAUCACGUUUCACUGUGGAACUGACUGUCAGGAAUCAAGAUGGGCAGCUUCUCUGUGAUCGCUGUGUUCCUGCUUCUUCUGCUGGUGGAGAGAGGACAGUCCACAACAGCUCCGCCUCGUUUGACCUCAACUGGCCCAGUAAGAACUUCGCCUCCUUUGACUACAACUGGCCCAGUUCCAGCUCCGCCUUUUUUGACCUCAACUGGCGCAGUAACAACUCCGCCUCCUCUGGCUACAACUGGCGCAGUAACAACUCCGCCUCCUUUGGCUACAACUGGCCCAAUUCCAACUCCAUCUCAGCCUCCAGAUAUAAGGGUGUUUAUCAACUUGAAUCUCAAGCUCCGGGCUCCAAGUACCAUCAACAUGUACGAAGUAGACAAUGCGAUUUACGCGGGUGCUGCUCAACUUGAGCAAUUCUUGCAGCUCUACUACAACGUCAAGAGUCUGAGGAUCAUUGACAUGGAGGCGGAGGAUGCUUCAGAGAUCUAUUAUUAAUAUCUCAUUAUAUCACACAAUGAUUUCUUCCUUCUAAAGGCCAAUUCGUACUUCACUUUUCCGCGUGCGCUUUUGGUUGCGGACGACAGGGCAUGACAUGUAUUUCACCAUCAGGGGUUGGCAGCGGACAGCUGUGAUCGCUGCACGUGUGGCCCAGAUUUUUAUGUCUAGUGGAAACUUUGCACAUCCAUGCACAUGGACCGUGUGUGUGCAUGAUAAUUGAUUAGAUGUUUCCAGUAGAUGGCAGCACUGACUUUCACGCAUCAGGGCUCAACGACAAAAGAGUAGAGGAAGAAUAGCUGCUGUUGUAGUAGUUUUAGUGAGCAGUUCUAUCAGGAGGGUCAGAGGUACCUGCAUAUCUAAUUUUUCAUACUGUCCAGACAUUAUACUGAGGUAUACAGCAUUUGAAAAAACCACACUGCUCUGGCAUUUUGAAUUCUUGGCCAUAAAAUUCGCUGAGCCGGUGGGGGGGUUGGGGUCCCAGCUAAUUUUGUCAUAAGGAUUUCAAAAUACCACAAUAUGCCUUAUCACUGUAAUACCGCUCAAACCUAGAGUAAUAACUUCAACUGUUCAAAAACGUUUCCCCGUCUCGAUAUACUGCUUGUAUUUGUGUUUGUUGGAAUACAUCUGCCCUCUCCUGGUGUGAUGGAAUAUCACUGCUGUUUGCAGCACCGAACACGACCAUCCGCAGCCAAAUAUAGUAUGAACACGAGCUGGUUACGAGCACGACCGUCCCCAGCUAGAAAGUGCACGAUAGUGCGCGCAGAAAGGUGAGGUAUGAACUAGGCUUUACUGCAUGACUUUCACAAACCCGUUUUGGGACUUCAAUCGGCAGAAAUAAUAAAGAAAAUAAAUGAAUAAA